CUUUUGCUAAUUUAUACAUUAUAUUUAAAAAAAAUUAAAAGUAGAUUUGGACUUUUCGUCGCGAAAACUUCGAUAUAACAUAUUAUUUACCAAAAUUUUACAAACUUAUACGUCAGUGAAAAAUAGUUAUAUUGCAUAAUAUUUUGACUUCCUAUGAUUAAUCAGCAUUUUUAGAAGUAAAUGGUAAAUUUUUAGAAAUUAGCGAUUUUAAAGAUUUUUGGUGUGUUUGCAAAUUGUAAGUUAAAGUAAUAAAGUAUCAAACCGGGCCAAAAUCUAUGGACAGACGAAUAUGAGAUGGUUAGGUGGUACGUUAUAUGAUCAUAUUUAUAUCUAUCACUUUCGUAGGUAAAUAGAGAAAGCAUGAUGGUAUUGAGAAGCAUGCAUAGUCACAAGAUGGACAAAGUGAUUUAUGGUGUGGAUGACUCGCAAUUGGUUGAGGUGGUGGAAAGACUUAGAACAUGGCCUUCUUUUUCUUCAUCAAUACAAUGAAACUAGUGCUCUGUCUCCAUAGGAUUAAUUGAAGUGUGACAAAAAGUCUUCUUCAGUGUAGAAAUAACUCUCUUCAUUUAACAAGUUGAUACAGUUUCAUAAUAUAAUAAACAGAGGGAAAAAAAAAGAAAAGACGAAGAACAGAUUCGAUGAUGAAAAAUAAAAACAAUCCUCAGUCUUUCGUACUGUUUUCAUUUCUCAUUUCAUCAUUUUUUGUAUUCUUCAGCUACGGCACUUCUUUGAUUUCUACAGAACCUUUUACCAUCUCUAGCAACAAAACCAUUGUGUCUCAUAAUGAGGUCUUCGAGCUUGGUAUCUUCAAACCUGAGUACAGUUCCCCGGAUGAGGAUCGUUGGUAUCUCGGUAUUUGGUAUAAGAAAAUCUCCGAAAGAACCUAUGUAUGGGUUGCAAACAGAGACAACCCUCUCUCCAAUCCUAUAGGAACCAUCCGCGUGUGGAAUUCCAACAUCCUUCUCUCUGACCAAUCGAAUACUGUUGUUUGGUCGACGAGUAUUACGGAGGAAAGUGAGAGAUCUUCGAUUGUGGCAGAGCUUCUCAACGAAGGAAAUCUCGUGCUGAGACAAUCCAAUAACAAAGAUGGUGGUAAUAAGGUUUUGUGGCAAAGUUUCGAUUUUCCAACAAACACUUUACUUCCAGGGAUGAAACUCGGUUGGAAGCUCAGAACGGGGCGUUAUAGUUUCCUGACCUCUUGGAAAGAUCUAACUGAUCCGUCAAGCGGCGAAUUUACUUAUCAAAUCGAAGCUGCACGUAGAACUCGAGGCUUUCCAGCAUUGUUCCUUUGGUCUGGUAGAUCCAAAGUGAAACGGGUAAGUCCAUGGGACGGCGUAGUAUCUCUUGGCGUGCCACGAAACCAACCUUUGACGUAUAUAACGUUUACGUUAACAGCGAACAAGGAAGAGGUCUCGUUUUCAUUCCAGACGUCGGAUAGUAAAUACACAUCCAGACUGACAUUGACCUCCGUACAACAGCUUAUGUGGAAUGAAACAUCCUUGAAAUGGGACCUGUUGUGGCAUUCUGUGGCUGAGGAAUGCGAUAUCUAUGGAAUUUGCGGCCCUUACAGCUACUGUGACAUAUUAAUGGCGUGUAAGUGUAUGCGAUGUUUUGAGCCCAAGGACCAGGAAGCAUGGGCCUUGGAAAACAAGGGAGAUGGGUGUGUGAGGAAAGCCCCACUGAGCUGCAGUGAUGACAAGCUUAUUGCAACACCUACUGAAAAUAUGUCUGGAGAAAACAUAGUGGAGAAUACGGAACUUCCAUUGUUGAGUUUCGAAACCAUAUCCCGUGCCACAGAUGAUUUCUCUGUUUUUAAUAAGCUUGGAGAAGGUGGUUUCGGUGUCGUGUACAAGGGAAUACUUGACGGUCAAAAAAUUGCUGUGAAAAGACUGUCAAAUACGUCAGAUCAAGGCACUGAUGAGUUUAAGAACGAACUCAAACUGAUCACCAAGGUAGAACACCUAAACCUGGUUAAGAUUUUCGGUUAUUGCAUUAAUGGGGAGGAGAAGUUGUUAAUAUAUGACUACUUGGAGAACCGAAGCCUCGAUCUCUAUCUCUUUGACGAAACCCAAAGUGAUAAGCUAAAUUGGCCCAAGAGAUUUGAAAUUGUCAUAGGUGUUGCUCGUGGACUCUUAUAUCUUCACGAAUAUUCGGGAACUCUGAUCAUACAUAGGGACCUUAAACCAAGCAACGUCUUGCUUGAUAAAGAUAUGAUCCCGAAGAUCUCAGCGCGGAUCUUUGAAAGGGGCAAUAACAAUGUUGAGACGAAACGUGUGGUCGGAACGCGUGGCUACAUGUCUCCGGAAUACUCGGAAGAGGGGACAUACUCGGUGAAGUCAGAUGUUUACAGUUUCGGGGUAUUGGUUCUUGAGAUCUUAUCCGGUAAGAGAAACAGAGGAUUCGCCGAGGCAAACGAUGGUCUCAGUCUUCUAAGCUACGCUUGGAAGAAAUGGAGCAAGGGAGAGUGGGCAUGUGUCAUAGAUCCCAUGAUAGAUCCAUCAUCCGAUGAAGUCAAACGGUGCUUCCAAAUUGGACUACGGUGUGUUCAAGGUCGUCAAGAGGAUAGACCAGUAAUGUCUUCCGUCCUGUUGAUGCUCCUAAGCCAAACGGAGAUCAUUCCGGAGCCAAAUCCGCCAGGUUUUUAUGGUGAUCUCUGAAGCAAUGCCGAGAUCGGGGGUUUGCUUUUGACUUUUUUUUGGUACUGGUUCUCCGGUUAAUUUUAAUUGUCGGUUAAAGAUGAUGAUUUAAAUGGGAAUCGUUGAAUUUUAAUGUAAUGAGUUUAAUAAUCUGAAAGAGUAUUUUCUGAA